GUUCCUUCUCCUCUCCCUACACCUAUCCUUUCCUUUUUCCAAACCCUUAUAGCAACCGAAAGCAAACUACCCCCAAACCGUUAUCUAUAAAUGUCCUAAACAUCUCAACUUGACAUGCCAAACAAGUCUCUUCUUCUGUAAAUACUACUCAUACCUUUGUCUUUCCAAAUUAUUGCUUGCUCAUCAAAUGGCUUCUUCUUCUACAGCAGCUGCCUUAAAGCGCUCUGACUCAAUAGCCGAUACCAUGCCAGCCGCCCUGAGGGAGAGCCGGUACCAUAUGAAGAGGUGCUUUGCUAAGUACACCGAGAAGGGAAGGCGGUUGAUGAAACUUCACCAUUUAAUGGCUGAAAUGGAGAAAGCCAUAGAUGACGCGAACGAGAGGAAUCAAGUCUUGGGAGGCUUACUUGGCUACAUUUUGUGCAAUACUCAGGAGGCUGCUGUUGUUCCUCCACAUAUUGCCUUUGCCGUUAGGCCAAAUCCUGGAUUUUGGGAAUUCGUUCAAGUGAGUGCUAAUGAUCUAUCGGUUGAUGCCAUCACUGCUACAGAGUACUUGAAAUUCAAAGAGAUGAUCAUAGAUGAAAAUUGGGCAAAAGAUGAAAAUGCAUUGGAGCUUGAUUUUGGAGCAUUUGACUUCUCUAUGCCUCGACUCACCCUGUCUUCAUCAAUUGGAAAUGGAAUCAAUUUCGUUUCAAAAUUCCUUACUUCUAAGCUGAAUGGUGGCUCAGAGAGUGCACAGCCUCUCGUUGAUCACCUACUCUCACUAAAUCACCAAGGAGAAACACUCAUGAUCAAUGAGACACUUAACACGGCUUCAAAGCUUCAGUCAGCUCUUAUAGUAGCUGAUGUAAACCUCUCAGUAUUGCCCAAAGAUACACCAUAUCAGGACUUUGAGCUAAGGUUCAAGGAGUGGGGUUUUGAGAAGGGGUGGGGUGAUACAACAGAAAGAGUUAAGGAGACAAUGAGACUGCUUUCGGAGGUACUCCAAGCGCCAGACCCUUCAAACAUGGAGAAGUUCUUUGGCAGGCUUCCAACGAUAUUCAAUGUUGUGUUGUUCUCUGUUCAUGGAUACUUUGGUCAAGCUGAUGUCCUCGGCUUGCCAGACACUGGGGGACAGGUGGUGUAUGUUUUGGAUCAAGUGAUUGCUUUCGAAGAGGAAUUGCUUCUCAGAGUUAAACAACAAGGUCUUAAUGUGAAGCCUCACAUUCUUGUGGUCACCCGCCUUAUCCCUGAUGCUCAGGGGAAUAAGUGCAACCAGGAGCUAGAACCGGUCAUCAAUACAAAGCACUCCCACAUCCUCCGGCUUCCAUUCAAGACAGAAAAUGGAGUGCUCCGCCCAUGGAUUUCUCGUUUUGACAUUUAUCCCUAUCUUGAGAGGUUUGCUCAGGAUGCCACAACUAAGAUCCUUGAACUCAUGGAAGGGAAACCAGAUCUUAUCAUUGGAAAUUAUACUGACGGAAACUUGGUGGCUUCACUUGUGGCCAGCAAACUUGGGACAACUCUGGGAACUAUUGCACAUGCUUUAGAGAAGACGAAGUACGAAGAUUCAGACAUCAAAUGGAAGGAGUUUGACCCCAAGUAUCACUUCUCAUGCCAAUUUACAGCUGAUACAAUUGCAAUGAACACCGCAGAUUUCAUCAUCACAAGCACAUACCAAGAAAUUGCUGGAAGCAAGGAUAGGCCUGGACAGUACGAAAGCCACACUGCAUUCACGCUUCCAGGACUUUAUAGAGUUGUUUCUGGCAUCAAUGUCUUUGAUCCCAAAUUCAACAUUGCUUCUCCUGGGGCCGACCAAUCUGUCUAUUUCUCAUACACAGAGAAGCAGAAGCGACUCACAGCAUUUCGUCCUGCCAUUGAAGAACUACUGUUUAGUAAAGUUGACAAUGAUGAGCACAUUGGAUAUCUAGAGGACCGGAAAAAACCUAUCAUUUUCUCGAUGGCAAGACUUGAUACAGUGAAGAAUAUCAGUGGAUUAGUGGAGUGGUUUGCAAAAAACAAGAGGCUGAGGAAUUUGGUUAAUCUUGCUGUUGUUGCCGGCUUCUUUGAUCCUGCAAAAUCAAAGGACAGAGAAGAAAUAGCCGAAAUAAAAAAGAUGCACAUGUUGAUAGACAAAUACCAACUCAAGGGUCAGUUCAGAUGGAUUGCAGCGCAGACAGAUAAGCACAGGAAUGCUGAGCUAUACCGCAUCAUUGCUGACACGAAGGGAGCUUUCGUGCAGCCUGCUCUGUAUGAAGCAUUUGGUCUCACUGUCAUUGAGGCAAUGAACUGCGGAUUACCCACAUUUGCCACCAACCAAGGAGGCCCAACCGAGAUCAUUGUUGAUGGGGUUUCAGGUUUCCAUAUUGAUCCCAACAACGGAGAUGAGUCCAGCAAUAAGAUUGCUGAUUUUUUCCAGAAGUGCAAGGAGAAUGCUGAAUAUUGGAACAUGAUUUCGGAUGGAGGUCUAAAGCGUAUAUAUGAAUGCUACACAUGGAAGAUCUAUGCAAAUAAGGUGUUGAAUAUGGGGUGCAUUUAUAGCUUCUGGAAGCAGUUGAACAAGGACCAAAAUCAAGCAAAGCAAAGAUACCUCCAAUUGUUCUACAAUCUCCAAUUCAGGAAGUUGGCGAACAAUGUGCCUAACUCAAUUAAGGACGACCAACAAAAAGCGCCCCAGGAGGAAAAAGCCAAAGCACAGCCCCUACAAAGGCGCCAGUCCCGGUUGCAAAGGUUGUUCGGAGCUUGAAGGUUCAAAAACUAGGGCAACCAACUCAAAUUUGUGCAGUCUACAUUGGUGUUAUCUCCUGUUAUUUUUAUUGAAUUCACAUCACUUUGCAAGCCUAGAGAAAGUGAUUUGUGUACUAAUAUAAUAACAGAGAAUCUGGUUUUGAUCUGAUGCAGAUCAUUGAUUCUUUGAUAUAUAAUGUGAGAAUUUUUCUGUUUGAUAAUACAAAAGUGCUGUUUAGCCUUUUGUAUUCGAAAGUAUUAUAUAAAUUACUAUUGAUAUUUCAUA